AGCUCUCUGGACAACGGGGCCCAGAGCUGAUGGCAGACAAUGUCAGCCACUAACAACAUAGCCCAGGCCCGGAAGCUGGUGGAACAGCUACGCAUAGAAGCCGGGAUUGAGCGUAUCAAGGUCUCCAAAGCGGCGUCUGACCUCAUGAGCUACUGUGAACAGCACGCUCGGAACGACCCCCUGUUGGUCGGCGUCCCUGCCUCCGAGAACCCCUUUAAGGACAAGAAACCUUGUAUCAUUUUAUAACUGUGUUCUGUAUGUGCGCUCUCUCUCUCGCUCUCUCUCUCUUGCUCUCUCUCGCUCUCGCUCUCUCGCUCGCUCUCUCUCUCUCUCUGUGUCUCAGGCAGGCCACCAUUCAGUAAUUAGCUCAAACAAAACAUCUCAAGUCCCCAAAACGUUUAAUUCCAAAAGAAAUCCACCCUUCCCCCCCAAAAAAGGCGUUCCCACUGCCUGGAUGGGGUAGAAUGUACCUUGUAGAUGUAGAUGGGGUUUCGGGUCCGACCCCAUGGCCCUCUCAGUUUGGGCAAAGCCAGGAUGGAGGCUUUACGGCCACUUCCUGUUCGGUAUAACUGAAAUCCUCCAGUGGCGUGGUAACCAUUUGUAAGAAUCUCAAUGGCCGUUUCGAUGGUGGACGCAGCGCCGAGGGGGAAAGGGAGGUGACUCCGCCCGGUGGCAGUAGUUCCGGGAGAACUGGCCGUUUGUAGAAAGACUUCACGGGGUCACUGAGAUGCUUUGCGUUGUUUUUAAGUAGAGGUAAAAUUGAGGUGGGGGGAGGUGACAUCGUGAACUUUUUUUGGAAAUAUCUCUCCGUUUAAACAAUUGUUAUUCCAUAUGGCUAAA